GUCUCAAAGCUUUUGAUGAGAAAUUAGGAUCUCCAUUUUUGCAAAAUGACUACUAUUUGUGCAGAUGUGUCACUGAACCUGGAAUUUAUGAUAUGUUUAUGAAAGCAUAUGAUAAGUGUCUACAUUACAUUUCUACUUAAUCACACUCUUAACUGCAACCCAAUGCUAUAUCAAAUAUUUCUGAGCUUUCACCUCUGAGAUACUUUUCAAUUACAUACGCGGCUACAUCUCCACAUUUCUCUCUGUUGGAAUUUAACCCGUUCCAAUCCGUGAAUGCUGCUCAGGUCUUUGCUGCUGAUGAGUGUUUUGAGACUGUUGUGCUUUUCCAGUGAAACAAUACCAUUUUUCCCUGAUGAUGUAACUUCCACAUUCGGACCACUGGUUGGGGCCUGAGCGAGUACUGGCAUUGUAUUCCAGCAAGCCUCAGGAUGUCCUGUUGGGGUAGGGGUUGGACAGCAGGAGAGGAGAUGUAACGGCAGCACUAGAGUUGUGUGCUUUGAAUGGUGGUGGCAACGGUAGCUGCUCUGGGGCUGACAAGAGGCUCCCAGGGCCCCAUGGACUUGGGACUCUGUUAAAAUCCUUAAACACUCCCUGCGCCCAAGUCUCAAGAAGAGCGCUUUUGUAUUAGAUUUAUUCCCAUUUUUCCAUUUUUUUGGUGGAACUUACUGUUGGACUGGAUUGUUGGUGUCUUCUUUAAGGUGUAGGACAUUAGUACUGCUUUUCACGAUCAACGAGGCUUGUAACUGUUUAAGAGGAGGAAAAGGAAAGCUUUAUUUGAGUCAUCACGGUGUUUGGACUUGCUGCAGGAAACCACUGCCUGACCAGAUUGCAGCCAAAUAUACACACUCGCAGCCUCUGCUUAUCUCUACUGAUUUAACAUACAGUUGUUUUUGGAUGCCUCCGAGAGACCUUUCAGUUUUGAAAUGACUGCGCUUGUAAGAUAUGAAGUGAACGGCUUCCCUAGCUCCAGGGGUUUUUCAGGAGAACUGCAUGACUCAAAAGAUAUUCUCAUGGACUCCACACUUGACGUCAUGCACAGGAUGAUGAAUCAUACCAUGGGAUUGAUGCGUUGAACACAGGAUGUCUUCAGGAGUGAACUUUAAGGAGGUGAACGAAGAGAACAAACAGAAGCUUUUCGGCGAGAUCUACACCGCGAUCGACACAUUGGCAUUCACAUUUGGCAAUGUAGUGUCUGACUUCCUUAUGGGAGAUGUAGAGAAUGGAUCGGUGUUGGGGCUCCCCCUAACUAAGAGGAGCAGGUCCUUUGAGAACCUUUCUGUGGAAUCUGGAGGAUCCGGUCCUGAGAAAGAUGAUCCGCCAGGCCCGUCUCCGCCGGUUCGAGUGGAAGAGGUGGACAGGACGCUGCAGCACCAGGACAGCGGGGUGGAGUCGGCCCUGCUCUACGCCAAGUCAUGGUCCAAGUACACCAAAGAGCUGCUGGCAUGGGUGGAGAAGCGUCUCAGUGCAGAUAUUGAGUGUGCAAAAAGUUACGCCAAAAUGGCAGAAACUUCCAAGACACUUGCUAGUCAACAGGAGUUCAUGCCUUUCCGCGAGAUCUACAUGAUGGCUUUUAAGAAUGACAUCGAAUACAGCCAGCUGGUACUUCACACUGCUGCAGUACUCCAAAGCAACAAAUUUGUGCAGCCUCUCCUGGCCAGAAAGAAUGAGCUGGACAAACUGCGAAAAGAGGUCAAGGAGCAGUGGCAGAGAGAGCAAAAGAAAAUGCACGAAGCGGACAGCGCUCUGAGGAAGGCCCGGCUGCUGCAGGCCCAGCGGCAGGAGGAGUACGAGAAAGCCAAGGUGAGCACCAGCCGUCUGGAGGAGGAGCACACUGGAGGAGGAGGAGGAGCAGCGACAGCCAAACAGCUAGAGAAGAGGCGCCGGCUGGAGGAGGAGGCCUCGCAGAAGGCUGAGGAGGCCAGGGAGCACUGCAAAGCAUGUCAGGUCGACGUCGGGGUGAAGAGAGUCGAUCUGGCCAACACCAAGAGCGAGAUCAUCACUCAGAUCAGAGAAAUGGUCUCCCAGUGUGACCUCACCCUCAAGGCUGUUACCGUCAACUGGUUUCAGCUCCAACAGGCUCAGGUUGUGUCUCUACCUGUCAACCACCAGAGCCUGUGUGAAAAUUCCAAGCUGUACGAGCCUGGCCAGCGCUACAUCGACUUUGUCAGGAGUUUGCCCACCGACAGCUCUCGAACGGAGCCUCACUCCUCUGACUCUGUCACGCAGAACAUGGGGAUAACUUUCAACAAGCACUUGCUUAGUAGCACCCACUCCUCCCACAGCCACCACUCCGCGACCUCCGACGUCCUUAGCGGAGACGAAGUGGACGGCUCCGUUCACACUCAGCACGCCAAGGUUGCAGAAAGGCGCUCAAAUGGCAGCACCGACAUCCAAGCAGCUCGAAUCCAGACCCCGUUUCGUUCCUGGGCCUCUACCAGUCAAGGCGGAGGGAUGUGCAGCGACUCAGAAAGUGCUGGAGGGAGCAGCGAGUCCCGGUCCAUGGACUCACCCACUGCAAGCCCAGGAGACUUCAAGAGGAGAUUACCCAGAACCCCCUCCACUGGCACCAUGUCGUCUGCUGAUGACCUGGAUGAGAGGGAGCUUCCCUCACCCUCCGAUAAUGGGUUAAAUGAGAUGAUAAUAGAGACGGCCAGCUCCCCAGGACCGUUCAGGAACACCCAGAUGUCCAAAGCAGCUCAAACCCACAAGCUGAGGAAGCUCAGAGCGCCCUCCAAGUGCCGUGAGUGCGACAGCCUGGUGGUGUUUCAUGGAGCAGAGUGUGAGGAGUGUUCGUUGGCCUGUCAUAAGAAAUGUUUGGAAACCCUGGCCAUCCAGUGUGGCCACAAGAAACUCCAAGGAAGGCUUCACCUGUUCGGCAUCGACUUCACACAGGCAGCUAAGAACAGCAAGGACGGCAUCCCGUUCAUCAUACGGAAGUGUACAUCAGAAAUUGAGAACAGAGCUCUCAACAUCAAGGGUAUCUACCGCGUGAAUGGUGCGAAGUCCCGGGUAGAGAAGUUGUGCCAGGCUUUUGAGAAUGGAAAGGACUUGGUGGAGCUCUCUGAACUUUAUCCCCAUGACAUUAGCAACGUGCUCAAACUCUACCUGAGACAGCUUCCAGAGCCGCUCAUCCUGUUCCGCUACUAUAAUGACUUUAUUGGUUUGGCGAAGGAAAGCCAGAGCAUCAUUGUGGAGGAGCUUGAGGCAUUCCGGCUUAGACCUACCCCCGUCACCCCGUCCCAGGUCAGCGUGGAUCUCAACCGAGUCCUGUUCAAGAUCAAGGAUCUGCUGAAGCAGCUGCCGCCGGCUCAUUACAAGACGCUUCAGUUCCUCAUAGAGCAUCUUCAUCGGGUUUCCGAGCGAUCAGAAGAGAAUAAGAUGACAGCCAGCAACCUGGGUAUCAUCUUUGGUCCGACACUGAUCAAGCCGAGGCAGGCCGAUGCUGAAGUUUCCCUUUCCUCCCUGGUGGAUUACCCCUAUCAGGCGCUCAUUGUGGAGCUCCUGGUCAGACACUACGAGAUGAUCUUCGACACCCCUCUCAGUCCUCUAAACUCGCCCACGGAGGUUGAUUGCCACCACCCCGACACCCGUCUCACCCACCAAGAGAAGGAGCAGCUGAGCAGGCACUCAAAGUCUCUCGGAGACAUUAAGGAGCAGAGCUCUAAGGUGUAUAAGAGACAUUCCUCUAUAAUUCCUUCAUCACACUUAUUGGCUGAGGUUCAGGAGGCCAUACCAAGCAUUGAUGGAAGUGACUUUGAACCUGCUGAUGAAUUGGAUUCAGACACGGUUCUGUCAUCAAGCGUCCCGAAACGUGCCGAGCGGGGCCUCAGUCGCUCGCAGCACAUCACGGUCACCAGGGUCCAGCUUCGGCACCCUCGGAACAAGCUCUCCUCUCGGCCUGCCAGUAUGCCGGCUGAGCGGUUGCUCAAUCGAGGCCAGGUGGACGAGCAAAACGUCCGCAACAGCGCCGACAAAGACGAUGGCAGAGGAGGAAGUUUUGACCAGGCAAUCGAAGAGGUGGACGAGACCGAGAAUACUAAGCUGCGAGCGGGCACACAUUACAGGAGCACGUUCAUUGACACCCAGACGUUACGCAGGACUUGGGACAAACAGUACAAGCAUGAAAUUACCUCCAGGACUGUUAGAAUUGUGGCCAGCUCGUCCACAGAGAGUACAGCAGUGGAAGCCAACAACUUGUCAACUUCUGUGCCAUCAGCCUUCUCAGUUGGGACCACAGAGAGCUCUAUUAGCGCCAUCUACCCCAACAGACCGUACACAGUCGCAGUGCGACCGAGCAGGACUUUAAGAAAGGAGGACAAUAUAACGAAGUACAGCCCCGUUGCCACAGCCUUCAGGGCUCCCAGAACUCUCCAGCCUCCCCCAGGAACCUUCUACAAGCCUCCAUCAGGGAGCAAAGCUAAAGUGCUGUCCAAGGACUGUCCGUUAGCCAACAGCGCAGAGGAAGAAGAAGAAGAAGAAGAAGAGGACGACGAUGACGACGAUGAGGAUGAGGAACUGGGGAUAGAGAUAGAGGUGUCUGUAGAUGAGCCUCUUGAGGAGGACAUUGAGGUUGAGCAGGCAGCAAUGUCUCAGUCUCCCAGUUCUAGCCCCGAGGAGCUGGGCCAGAACCAGAACAAACCAGUGUACCAGAGACUAAGGCCCAGGCGCCUCCAAGAGGUAGAGCACAGAGAGGCUCAUUUUGUUUGAAGCAUAACGAGCUUGAACAUGAACAAAGACUAAUAAACAUCUGCAUCAACUCUAUAAAGACAAAUAAGCAGAUGUAUGAUCGCGUUCACUGUGUGUAGAAAUCUUGUACUUAUUUUUUGUCCCUUUUGGUCCUCAGAAAACAAACAGGAUGCACUUAAAAUGCUGUGUAUUUUUUCCCAUGAUUCACAAACCAUUCAUUUACCAAUCACUUGCUCAGUUACACUCUGACAACUGGUCAGACUAUUUAUAAUUAUUUUUUUUCCAAACUGUGCAAUUUCAUUCUUGUUUAAAUAUUUUGUAUAAAAAAAAGUUACAGGCUCACCAUGUAUGUUUAUAUACCAAAAUACAGUUUGAAUUGUUUCUGUAGCUCAUAUAGCCACAAUAAUGAAAAAACAAAAUGGUGCACUUGCCAGAAAUAAAUAGUGGGGAGUUGUCUUGUACCUACUGUGAGUGUUUGUUAAACUGUUACACAUUGGUUUUAAUUAAUCAUUUUUGCUAAUAAGUGUAAAGCAGUAUAAUGAUCUUUGUUACAACCUGUAUUGGACUUUGAUAAUGUCACGAAGCACCAGCUGCAAAGGGUAUGUACAUCCACUUGUUUUUAUACUGUUCAACUUAAUUGGGGUCAACUUGUCUGAAAAGCUUUCAGAAAUGCCACUGUUUUUUGCUAUCAUGGCAUAUUGUUUUCUUUAAAAAAAAAAAAAAAAUUUAAUGUAACAUUUACAUUUCUUAAUAGCCAAAGCUGUUUUUUUUUCUCCGCCAUGUCUUAAGUAGUCUUAUCAAUAACCUAAACCUUACAGACUCUUUGUAAGUAACAGGAAGUGCAUCAUUUAUUUAAAUGGUAUCUAUUUUUCAAGGUUGACACUAUGCUUAAAAGUUCAGUGUUAGAAAAGAGGUACAUGAAAACAAACACACCCUUUUGUAACUUAUUAAAAUAUAUCUGACAACUUUCAA